GGUCCACUCCACCUUCUUAUAAACCCUCUUCUCUACUCAAACUUCAGCACUACGUAUAGGGGGAGAUCUGCAAUUCUUCUUCUACUUCACUCGCGCAUAUAUAUAUUUGGAGAGAGAGAGAGAGAGAGAGAGAUCUGCAUUUUUUCGCUCGUUCGGCCAAAUCGAGCUUUACAUCCCUUUUAUAUCGAUCAACACCUCACAGAUCGCUUCAGAAUCCGAGAUCUUUCAAUGGCUCAACCUCUCGUAAAGAAGGACGACGACCGAGACGACGAAGCGGAGUACUCUCCCUUUCUUGGGAUCGAGAAGGGUGCGGUCCUUCAGGAAGCAAGGGUUUUCAAUGAUCCCCAGCUUGAUGCAAGGCGAUGUUCACAGGUCAUUACAAAGCUCCUGUAUCUUCUGAAUCAGGGGGAAACAUUUACAAAGGUUGAAGCUACAGAAGUAUUCUUUGCUGUCACAAAGCUUUUCCAAUCAAGAGAUAUCGGAUUAAGGAGAAUGGUUUAUUUGAUCAUAAAGGAGCUCUCUCCCUCUGCAGAUGAGGUUAUUAUUGUCACAAGCUCACUUAUGAAAGACAUGAAUAGCAAGACUGAUAUGUAUCGGGCAAAUGCCAUUCGAGUCCUUUGCCGGAUCACGGAUGGAACGCUUCUAACACAAAUUGAGAGAUAUUUGAAACAAGCUAUUGUUGACAAAAAUCCAGUGGUUGCUAGUGCAGCCCUUGUUAGUGGAAUCCAUUUACUCCAGACAAACCCAGAGAUUGUGAAAAGGUGGAGUAAUGAGGUUCAAGAAGCUGUUCAAUCAAGGGCAGCACUUGUACAGUUCCACGCCCUUGCUCUACUACACCAGAUAAGGCAAAAUGACAAAUUAGCUGUUAACAAGUUAGUUACCAGUUUGACCAAGGGGACUGUGCGUUCACCUUUGGCCCAGUGCCUCUUGAUUCGUUAUACUAGUCAGGUUAUCAGAGAAUCUGGUGUGAACAGCCAAACUGGGGACCGCCCAUUUUAUGACUAUCUUGAGGGUUGUCUUCGCCACAAAGCAGAAAUGGUUAUUUUUGAAGCAGCUAGGGCAAUCACAGAAUUUAGUGGUGUGACAAGCAGAGAACUGACUCCGGCGAUUACUGUUCUACAGCUCUUCUUAAGCUCUUCCAAGCCAGUGCUUCGCUUUGCUGCCAUCCGCACUUUGAACAAGGUGGCUAUGACACAUCCAAUGGCUGUAACAAAUUGCAAUAUAGACAUGGAGAGCUUGAUUUCUGACCAAAAUAGAAGCAUAGCCACUCUUGCCAUCACUACACUAUUGAAGACAGGCAAUGAGUCAAGUGUAGAACGAUUGAUGAAACAAAUUACCAAUUUCAUGUCUGACAUUGCUGAUGAGUUUAAGAUUGUUGUAGUGGAAGCCAUUAGAUCGUUGUGUUUAAAGUUCCCCCUCAAGUACAGAUCUCUGAUGAACUUCUUGAGUAAUAUUUUGAGGGAAGAAGGUGGUUUUGACUACAAAAAAUCAAUUGUUGAUUCAAUUGUUAUCCUCAUAAGAGACAUUCCAGAUGCAAAAGAAAGUGGGUUGCUUCACCUAUGUGAAUUCAUUGAGGAUUGCGAAUUCACUUAUCUUUCUACCCAGAUACUCCAUUUUCUUGGAAUUGAGGGACCUAAGACAUCAGAUCCCAGCAAAUAUAUACGUUACAUUUACAAUCGUGUAAUACUUGAGAAUGCAACUGUUCGGGCCAGUGCUGUUAGCACAUUAGCUAAGUUUGGUGCUAUGGUCGAUUCGUUGAAACCCCGUAUAUUUAUUUUGUUGAGACGCUGUCUCUUUGACAGUGAUGAUGAGGUUCGUGAUAGGGCUACCCUAUAUCUGAAUACUCUUGGAGGUGAUGGUGCAAUUGUUGAAACCGAUAAAGAUGUGAAAGACUUCCUCUUUGGGUCGCUGGAUGUGCCUCUGGUCAACCUGGAGACAAGUUUGAAGAACUAUAGUCAAGAACCUUCAGAAGACCCUUUUGAUAUUGAUUCUGUACCUAAGGAGGUUAAGUCUCUGCCACUUGCCGAGAAGAAAGCCCCUGGUAAAAAGCCAAUUGGUUUAGGUGCUGCUCCAGCUGGGCCCACAUCUGCAGUUGAUGCUUAUGAAAAGCUGCUUUCCUCUAUUUCAGAGUUCUCAAGCUUUGGGAAGCUUUUUAAGUCCUCACUGCCCGUGGAGCUUACUGAGGCUGAAACAGAAUAUGCAGUUAAUGUUGUCAAGCAUAUUUUUGAUAAACAUGUGGUGUUCCAGUUCAACUGCACAAAUACAAUUCCUGAGCAAUUACUGGAAAAUGUCACUGUUCUCAUGGAUGCCUCGGAAGCUGAGGAAUUUUCUGAAGUAGCAUCAAAACCUUUAAGAUCACUUCCAUAUGAUUCACCAGGACAAACAUUUGUGGCAUUUGAGAAACCGGAUGGUGUUCCUUCAGUCGGAAAGUUCUCUAACAUGUUGAAGUUUAUUGUGAAAGAGGUUGAUCCGACAACCGGUGAGGCUGAGGAUGAUGGCGUGGAAGAUGAAUACCAGCUGGAAGACCUUGAGGUUGUUGCAGCAGAUUAUAUGCUAAAAGUUGGGGUCUCCAAUUUUAGGAAUGCUUGGGAAAGCAUGGGCCCAGAUUGUGAGCGGGUAGAUGAGUAUGGCCUUGGCCCAAGAGAAAGCUUGGCAGAAGCUGUAAGUGCAGUCAUCAACCUUCUUGGCAUGCAGCCCUGUGAGGGCACGGAGGUUGUCCCAAAUGCCUCGAGAUCGCACACGUGCUUAUUGUCUGGUGUGUUCAUGGGCACGAAAGUGCUUGUUCGGCUGUCCUUUGGAAUUGAUGGGCCAAAGGAAGUUGCAAUGAAGCUUGCUGUUAGAUCCGAGGAUGAAUGUAUCAGUGAUGCUAUUCAUGAAAUCGUAGGAAGCGGCUAAGUAGGGAUUUAUUGAUUCAGUCAAUUGUAUUGCGAUUAAUUCCCCCUUUUUUUUUUCUUUUUUUUUUAAAUAGAUCUUUUGUGAAUGGGGUCAAAGGGUUAUGUAUAAGGCUCUCUAAAACAGAUUCAGCAGUUGUGAGAUGAACAACCAACCAACCAACCACUCUGACUGGAGAGUUUGGCUUGGUGAGAGGACUCUUCUACUACCAUAUCUUUCUUUCUUGUUAUGUGUAGGUUCUAUGAAGCGUGAUUGAUUUACUGUUGGUCGUAAAUGUGAAAUUAUUUUGACAUAUUUGGUCAUUGUCGUAUACAUUUGGAAUUUUUGAAACUAUAAUCACAACUUCAAUUUCCCCAUGUGAAUGGAUGGAUAUUUAUUAUUAUUUUUA